AUGGAGUAUUCAAGCAGGCUGCUCUGUUUCCUGUUCGUUGUAUAUCUUGCCACGGAGACUCACAGCGCUCCAAACUCAAGGAGAUCAAGAGCUGCAGACCUUCCUGAUGAAUCCAAUGGUCGACAAAGUAAACUACAAGAGGAGUAUAAAGAAGUCACUACUGCCACAGCACCAGCACCAACUAAUAGAAAGAACAAGGCCCUCAAUUUAUUCGGAUAUUAUCCUUCAUUUCUUUCAUCAGGUCUAGACUACAAUGAAGAUGACGACGAUGACGUCACAUUUUCCGUCAACGACGACCAUUUCGAUGACGAGGAACUGUCACGAACCAUUCCGAACAGACGUAAACAGCAAAACAAAAAGAAAAAUGGAAAUCCUGAAUACCCCAACGACAACAUCAAUUCCUUACAGUACGAUAAUUCACCCAUCUUUUACAUAAGACUUCCACCUACGCCUUACAUGUUCGUACCUGGUCUAGGGUAUGUGUCUCAGCCGCCAAGUCUAGGACCACCUAUGGCUCCAAUGAUGCCUCCCGUGGGCCCUCCUCAAAGUGCAGAUCCUUUCAUCAAUUUGCCUUUAGAUUUCGUCUCUAACGGAAAACCUACUGGUGUAUAUCAAUGGAACGGAGGAGCCGGCUACCCUCAAAUGCCACAAAUACCGCCCGUGGAUCCAUUCGGUUAUGGAGCACAACCCAUGAUUCCUCCCCCUUCGCGACCAAGCUACAACAUGCCUACUUACUCUAAACCUAAACCUAAGCCAGUUCCCUCGAACUCUAAGAUCACAAACUUGAAAGGUCAAUACGUUUUUAAUGGUAAACCAGGGGAUAGUGUGUACGUUCUAAGAGACACAUACAACUCCAUAUACUCAGAUGCUCUUCAGAAUUUCUACCCUUAA